CGUAGACACAACACCGCCCCAGGGCCGGGGUGGGGCAUAAACCAGGAGAGGUCCUCCCGCACGGGACCCCCCCACCUCUCAGAUCCCUUCUGCCAUGGCGCGUACCGUGGUGCUCAUCACCGGCUGCUCCUCUGGCAUCGGCAUGCACCUGGCCCUGCGUCUGGCGUCCGACCCAUCCAGAAGCUUCAAAGUAUAUGCCACCAUGAGGGACCUGGGGGCGAAGGGGCCGCUGUGGGAGGCCGCCCAGUCCCGAGGAUGCCCACCCGGCUCCCUGGAGACGUUGCAGCUGGACGUGAGGGAGGCGGAUUCCUUGGCUGCGGCCCAGGCCCAGGUGACCGAAGGCCAUGUGGACGUGCUGGUGUGUAACGCAGCCCAGGGCCUGAUGGGGCCCCUGGAGGGGCUGACCGCCAGCGAAGUGGCCUCCGUGUUGGAUGUGAACGUGGCCGGGACGGUGCGGGUGCUGCAGGCCUUCUUGCCAGACAUGAAACGCCGCCGCUCAGGACACAUUUUUGUGACCGGGAGCAUAGGAGGCCUAAUAGGCAUGCCCUUCUUGGACGUUUACUCCGCCAGCAAGUUCGCCCUGGAAGGUCUGUGUGAGUGCUUGGCCCUGCAGCUGCUGCCCUUUGGGAUCCACGUGAGCCUCAUCGAGUGCGGCCCGGUGCACACCCCACUCAUGGAGAAGGUGAGCAAGAGCACGGGCCGGGCGCUGGAACGCGGGGACACCAAGACCCGCGAGCUCUUCGCCCAGUUCUCCCGCUUCAUGGAGAGCACCGUGCAGGAGUUUCAACAGCCAGAGGAGGUGGCGGAGCUCUUUGUGAAGGCGCUGCGCGACCCGCACCCGGCCCUGCGCUACUUCAGCGCCAACACCGACUCCUUACUGCCCCUGAUUCGCCUGCGGCAGGACGACCCCAGCGGCCGCAGCUUCUUGGCCGCCGCGCACCGCCUCUUCUUACAAGAGCAUGACGAGUCCAACGGCGCGGGGUCCCCCGCCGCCCCGCAAUAA